AUGCACAACUCGAACUGCACCAAAAAUCGUCCCCCGCCGCAUCAUCCUCGUCCGCACCGCCGCCUAAUAUGUCUGAAAAUUAUUUUGAUACACCACAUCCUCCACCUCCUCCUGCUCCUCCUGCUCCUCCUCCUCCUCCUCCAUCACUUACUUUACCAAUUCCUCUACCUCCUCAUUCUUCUCUAUCGUCCGCUAUAUCCUCCUUCUUCUGCUCCUCCGCCUACGGCUCCUGCGCAUUUUACUCGUUUCCUCCUCAUCCUGCUCUUGCUAUUCCAACUCCCUAUCCUCCUCCUCCUCCUCCUCCUCCUCCUCCUCCUCCUCCUCCUAUUCCACAUACUCUACCUACUCCUCCUCGCCAUCCUCAUCCUCUGA